GGCUAAGGAAGAAGCAGCGAUGGUUCUCUUCAGAUUUUUGAGUUGAAGUCUCUAGGUACCUAUCAGAUGAAAUUCACAUUUUUUUAAAUUUUUUUUAUAAACAUGAACAUUUGGUCUAUAAAUGGAGAGUAGAGAACCAUAUACUUGUUAAGUCCUAGUUGAUCAAUACUCCAAAAUGGCCUCAUCAUCUUCUGCUGAAACCAAACUGGCCACAGCCAAGACAGUUCUUUCAACAGCAGCCUCUGUGGCUGCCACAGCAAUGUUGGUAAGGAAAAUAGCCCAAGAUUUCCUCCCCCAUGAGAUCCAACACUACUUGUUCUCUGGCAUCAGCAGCUUCUUCUCUCGCUUCUCCUCCCAACUCACCAUGGUCAUUGAAGAGUUCGAUGGCCUUGUCAACAACCAAAUAUAUGAGGCUGCAGAAAUCUACUUGGGCAGCAAAGUCUCCCCAUCAACACACAGAAUCAAAGUCAGCAAACCCGAGAAGGAAAAUAACUUCACCAUCACCAUGGAAAGCAAUCAGGAGAUUGUGGAUGUCUUUAAUGGGGUUAAGUUCAAUUGGUUCUUGGUUUCCAGGCAGGUUGAGUCGAACUUCCACAACCCUCGUGACCUAAACUCCACACUGAGAUCAGAAGUGAGAUCCUUUGAGCUCAGCUUCCACAAGAAACAAAGAGACUUCGUGCUAAACUCUUACCUCCCUCACAUUGUUAAACAAUCAAAGUCCAUGAAGCAAGAAAAGAAGACCCUGAAAAUCUUCACGGUUGACUAUCAGAACAUGUACUGCAACAUAGCAGAAGCAUGGAUCCCCACAAACCUCGAUCACCCGGCAACGUUCGAAACCCUGGCUUUGGACUCGGAGAUCAAAAGCUUCAUUCUUCAGGACCUUGAGAGGUUCAUAAAGAGGAAGGAGUAUUAUAGAAAAGUUGGCAAGGCUUGGAAGAGAGGGUAUUUGUUGUAUGGCCCACCAGGGACAGGGAAGUCAAGCUUGAUUGCUGCAAUGGCCAAUCACUUGAACUUCGAUAUCUAUGACUUGGAACUCACUGAGUUGAGUCACAACUCGGAGCUUAGGAGGUUGUUGGUUGCCAUGGCUAAUAGGUCUAUAUUGGUAGUGGAGGAUAUUGACUGUACCAUUGAGUUUCAAGAUCGAGUGGCUGAGUCUAGAGCUUCAUACCCACAUGGGUCCCAGGAGAAACAGGUGACACUAUCAGGUUUGCUCAAUUUCAUUGAUGGGCUGUGGUCAAGCUGUGGAGAUGAGAGAAUUAUAGUGUUCACAACCAACCACAAGGAGAAGCUUGACCCUGCACUGUUGCGCCCUGGUCGCAUGGAUGUUCAUGUCCACAUGUCCUAUUGCAGCCCAUCUGGCUUUAGGCUUCUGGCAGCCAAUUACCUUGGAAUUAAAGACCACCUGUUGUUUGGGGAGAUUGAGGAACAGAUUGACACGACUAAAGUGACCCCUGCAGAAGUAGCUGAGCAACUGAUCAAGAGUGACGAGCCUGGCAUUGCACUGCAAGGCCUGAUUGAGUUUCUGAAAGUGAAGAAGAAGGAGAAUGAGGAAGCUGAUGAGGAGGCUAAAAGGAAGCAAGCAGAAGUAGAAGCUAAAGAAGCUGAGGCUGAGGCUGAGAUUAAGGACAAGAAAGAUGAUAACGAUGAAAAAAGUAGUGAGGAAAAGUAGAUGAUUAAUUAUGACAAUAACUAAUUAAGUGGUAAUUAGAAUUGGUGUCCCUUUGGAAGCAUCAAUUUCCAU